AUGGAACAGAAAACACAAAAUAACCCUACCAUUACUACUUCUACAUUCACCGGUGUCAUGGAACUCUCUAAAAUGGGAGCUGCUUCUGUUCCUUCUUCUUACAUUCUUCCUCCAGCUUACCGGCCCAACCUCGGUACUAUCAAUGAUCCUGAGCCGCAUUUGGCCCCUAUUGACAUGUCUUUAUUCCAACAGCCACAUCGACGACCUCAAAUCUUGGAAGAGAUACGCCUCGCCUGCAAGGAGCUAGGGUUUUUCCAGGUUAUCAACCAUGGAAUACCUCCGUCGGUGAUGAGCGGUGCCCUAGAUGCCGCCACUGAGUUUUUCGAUCUGCCACAGGAAGAGAAGCUCACCUUCGCAUCAGGUGAUGUCAAUGAACCUGUAAGGUAUGGAACCAGCCUAAAUCAACUCAAGGACAAGAUUCACUUCUGGAGGGACUUCAUCAAACAUUAUUCUCAUCCAAUUUCAAAAUGGAUUGAUGCAUGGCCAUCAAAUCCACAGAAUUACAAGAAACAAAUGGGCGACUACACUCAGGCCGUGUAUAUGUUACACAAGCAGCUGGUGGAAAUAGUAUUUGAGAGUUUAGGGCUAGGCCCUAAAUACAUAGAUGAAGACAUUGAGAAAGGAUCACAAGCCAUGGCUGUGAACUGCUAUCCAAGAUGUCCUCAACCAGAUCUGGUACUAGGAAUCCCACCUCACAGUGACUAUGGGUACCUGACAAUCAUACUUCAAAGCCAGCAAGGGUUAGAAAUUAUGGACUGCGACAACAGAUGGUGUCGGAUUCCAAUCCAAAAAGGAGCCUUGGUGAUUCAGAUUGGAGAUCAACUAGAAAUAAUGAGCAAUGGUCAAUACAGGAGUCCCAUCCACAGGGCCACAGUCAACACAGAGAGCAAUCGUAUUUCAAUUGCAAGCCUUCACAGUCUAGCUUUAGACCGAAGGGUAGCGCCUGCACUAGAGCUUGUGAAUGAACAGAAUCCUCCCUUAUAUAGACAAGGGAGCUUCACUGAAUUUCUCGACUUCCUUUCUAAAAAUGAUGUCAUGGAACGGAGGUACUUAGAUACUCUGAAAAUUAAUCUAUGA